AUGCCUAGAUAUCUUGGCAAUCUACCUUCGCACUCGCCCUCGUCCGACUACGCGCAUCCCAUUCGAUGUCUGGAAAACCUCCUCGUCAACUAUAAUAUAAACCANAACCAUGGAGAGGGAAAAAACUCCUCACUGACAACGUUACAUGCGAAUCUUUCCUGGCUCUAUCUUGAUCUGGCUCGUCAUCAGUAUUUUCGAAUGCUCGCUCAGUUUAUAGAUCGCCAAGUACCACCUUCCGCUGGAUUUUUGAGCAACGUAGCAGAUCCAAACGCACCCCAAAUAUUUGAUCCGGUAGAAUUUGCUCGACCCGCUCAAACUCGGGCUUUUAUCGAACUUAUUCUGACCCCGGUGCGAUGGGUAUCUUCCUUUCCAACCUUCAGUAAAGAUGUUUCGUUGGAAAAUAUGCUUGUCUUCGCCUUAAACGACAUUCUGGUGUCCAACGGGUCAGAUUAUACAGUUAGCGAGCGUAUCGUUCGCGGAAUCGGUACUCGUCUGUUUGAUUCGCGCCCAACCAUGCUCGCACUCGUCCGCACAUGUCUGUCUUGUGCUUCCGUUGCAACCACUCCGUUGUUGAUUCCUUCAAUCAAUCUCCUUUAUCUUCUGGUUACUGUUGUAUUGCCUCGUUUAUUACGAGGAACCAAUACGUCUGAUUCACCCCUUCCUACUCAGCCACAGGAUGAGAUGGACGUCGACAAACCGGACGAUUCGGAAACCGAAAAACCGCUUUUUAUACCUCUGUCACCUCUGGCUGUGAACUUAGCUUACGGUGAAUCUGUAAUGACUGGCCGUGAUACGGCCGAGGCUGUUCAUUGUAUUGCUUGGCUUCUGAUGCGUGCAAUAUCCGUUCCCGGACUACCUUGUCCCCGACCUUUGAAAGCUCCCGCGCCACUCAUUGUUAAGUCUACUGAGGACGGCGAACAUUCCGAUAGCGACGAGGAUGAAGAUUCCAGUACCGCUCAGGUUGACCAGAAUGCACGACCAUCGAUGUUACGCUCCAGUGAAUCACGCUUGGGCUCCAGUGUCACAAGACAGAUGACAGCUUAUGUUCCGACAUGGAACACCGAGCUACCGGAAGUACUAGUUGUCCUCAGAUGCACUCUUCCUUCGUUAGCAUCGAAAGCGCUAACUGAACUGGAGCCGAGUUCCUGGAUAAACUUCAACCCAGAAUCUUUAUCCGAUGCACAGUUGGAUUUGGUUCGCUCACUAGCACAGCUGCAUUAUGCCAUCUCCCAGGUUUAUGGGGUGCCUUCCGCCUCACUUAUUCCAUUAAAUUCCAUUUGCUCCCGUCAUUUAGUCUUUCUUCGUGCCCUGUGGCACUUGAUCCAACAUUCGCGCACCAAAGUCAGCCGAACUGAUAUGGCAACUACGGACUGGGAUUAUUCUUUGUUCCACACCCUAUGUUCCGGCGAGUGUCCCCCAUCUGUAGUCAUGCUCGAGAUGCAGACUUAUCUACCCAUAGUAUUCACAUUUGUCGACUGUCUACAACAUCGAUUGUUGUGCUUAACCGAUGCAGAAAUUUGUGGUGAGGAUUCGAACCAAACCAUGAAGAGCUACACAAGUGUAGGUUGUGGAUUUCGGGCGGAAGAACUGCUUCAAAUUGGCGCUAAAUUGCGCGAUCUAAUGUUGGGUUUGAUUGAUCUGUCUCAUCCGGAUCAGUUGCCAAAAUAUAAUCCCCUCGCAUUUAGCGCCAUCAACGCCCUUGAUAAAGCGAGCACUCUUCGAGAAAACCACAUCUGGUCCGACCCGGUUGAUGUGGACGCCCCACCGUCUUUUCGUGAAGUGUUGGAUCGAAUCGAAUCUCGUGUGGAGGCCGUGGAAGCCGGAGCUUCACCAAACUCGUUUGCGUUGACUCGACAAAGAUCUGGCUGGCCUCCCCAAGAUUUACGUCUCCAACUUCACUGCUGGACCACACUGUUCCGUCACGUGCAGCGUUUGGUAUUUCAAAUAUACGAUUGGGAUCGUCGUUGUCAUCGUCAGUCUCUGCUCCAAUCCGAUAUGGGUACUCUCUUUCUGACUGAGCAACUUCACUCGUCCGCGGGGAAAGUUCCAGGACGUCUUGCGUGUGCUGGACCGUCCGGUUCAAGUCAAGCUUUUUGGCUAAAGGAAUCUAUCGCAACCGCUAUUGAUUCAUCAAUCAAAUCUUGGCUUCAACAUGGCGGCGACCGUAGUACACUGACACUGGCGGGGGUUCCUUUUGGUUACUACAGUCGUCUGAAUCCAGACCGGGAUGAAGGCGGUCUUCCGUUUGUACUGUCCAAUCGGGAAGUGCGCCAGGUGCUUAUCCUAAAAGAAGUUCCAUUCGUAAUUCCAUUUGAACGUCGUGUUCGGUUGUUCCAACUUCUGGUCGAAUCCGCACGCGCUGCCAUCCAAGGAUCUCAUGUUUCCCAUUUAGCUGCCCUAGCCACCCAUGCAAACGCAGAACGAUUUCCAGACUUGUCGCUGCUCGUGCGUCGUACACAUCUGUACGAAGAUGCAUUUGAGAAACUCUCGAAAGAAAAUACUCCGAACUUACAACCUCGUCUACGAGUUCGAUUUAUGAAUCAAGUUGGGGCUGAAGAAGCCGGAAUAGAUGGUGGUGGACUAGCACGGGAGUUCCUUUCAGAGCUGAUCAUGAAUGGAUUUGAUCCAACUCGUGGAUUCUUCGUCUACACGGCUGAGAAAACUCUGUAUCCGAACCCACAGGCAUCUGUACUGUACGACGACUACUUGAAACAUUAUUAUUUCCUCGGGCGAAUGCUCGCCAAAGCGGUUUAUGAGGGGAUGCUUGUCGAACUUCAGUUCGCCCACUUUUUCCUCGCGAAGAUCGUUAGUCGCAGCGGUGGUGGUGUCGGUUUUGAUUAUCUGCACUCGUUGGAUCCGGAACUCUAUCGUCAACUGCGUUAUUUAAAGUCCUACGAGGGUAAUGUGCGAGACCUGUCGUUGGAUUUCACUGUGAUCCGGUCGACAUUUGGGGAGUCGGAAACGGUGGAAUUGAAACCCGGUGGUCGACAUAUCCCAGUCACCGAAGAAAAUCGAGUGGAAUAUAUGCAUUUAAUGGCUUAUUACAAAUUGAAUAAACAAGUGAGUCUGUAA